CACUGACUUUGUGAAAGUAGUUUUAAGAGAAUGAAGAUAGAUUUUUUUUUUUUUUCUUUUAGUCCAAAUGGAGGCGCUAAUGCACCUUCAGCAUGGUUUGACAGUUGCCAAAGAAGCCAGUAGCAGCAGGAGGAGGAGGAUAACAGCGGUAGUGAGUUAGUGCACUACAGUGGGUUGUCUCCUCGUCACUAGCUGCUGUUUGGCUAAAUAAGCUGCGUACCUAUUUGCAAUGAUUGCACCGGGUGUCGGGUUUUUCUCAGUAGCAACGUCGGAGCUACAAUGAAGGCUGGGGCUUCGUCGGUGUGGGCUUCAUGCUGUGGUCUGCUGAAUGAAGUCAUGGGUACCGGGGCAGUCCGAGGCCAGCAGCCAGGGUUUGGUGCCGGCGCCGGGCCCUUCAGGUUCGCCCCCAGUGCGGGAUAUUCCACGUACCCACCCAACAGCUCAGGGAACCCCGGUCUUGUUUGUAAGGCUUGUGGACAGGCCUUCUCAGUCUUCAGGAGGAAGUACACUUGCUGCGACUGCAAGAAGAGCUUCUGCUCGCUGUGCACUGUGGUUCUGGAGAGCCUACGUAUUUGCUCCACCUGCCAUUUGCUGAAGGCCACGGAGUUCCAUCGGCCACGGCUCAUGCGUCUGCGAGUGAGGGACCUGCGUCAGUAUCUGCUGCUGCGGAACAUCUCCACUGACACCUGCAGGGAGAAGGAGGACCUGGUCGAUUUGGUCCUCUGUCAUCAGGCUUUUGAGGUGGAGGACGAAGAGGAGGAGGAAGAGGAGGAGGAUGACGACGACGACGAGGAGGAGGUGGAGGACCCUAACACAGCCAGCCUCCUCUCUCAUAUUCAUCGCACGCUAACAGAUUCCAUCACACCGCCUGCCUCUGAGCUGUCUGCUGCCACGCUGGAGGAAUCGCUCAGCAGGAGCGAAAGUCCUGAAACCAACCAGGAUUCAGAUGAGACCACACCAGUGUCGCUCCUUAACUUGGACUCCAGUGAACAAACUCCUCAGACGAGUCCUCAGACACGCCAUGGAGCCGGAGCGUCCGUCUCUGACAUCUCUGGCAUGAGGGACAUCACGGGCCUGUCGGUCAGGCAGCUGAAGGAGAUCCUGGCAAGGAAUUUCGUCAACUAUUCCGGGUGCUGUGAAAAAUGGGAGCUGGUGGAGCGUGUCAACAGAUUGUACAGAGAAAAGGAGAAGAAUACAAAUACAUUGAUGGCCUUCCCCUCUCCUCUCUGCAACGGUGCCAUUGGAGACGGUGAAAAGUGUCCCCUGACGCUGCCGGACGACAAUCUGUGCAGGAUCUGCAUGGACGCAGUGAUCGACUGCGUCCUGUUGGAGUGCGGCCACCUGGUCACCUGCACCGACUGUGGCAAGAGAAUGAACCAGUGUCCGAUAUGCAGGCAGUACGUCGUGAGAGCUGUGCACGUUUUUAAAUGCUAAUGCACCACUGACUCAAAACCCCCGAAUUCAAAAUUGCAGCUCAUAAAGUUUGAAUCCUACAAAAAAAACAAACUAAUUUUCAGAUCUUUAUAUUGACAGGAGUCUUCAUGGUCAUUCGCACGCAGGAAAAUAAUGGUUUCUUUCUCUUUUUUUUAAUUUAUUUAUUUAUUUUUUGGGGUGAAUUUGACUUUGAUCGACCAGGAGGUUUUUGUUCUUUACGGUAUUUCAAAGCAAAGGUUGCCGGGCACUUUUUUUUUUUGUAAACAUCCCAUCCUUAUUUCUGCCUGUGAACUGUAGCUCCUCCUCAGAUCUACGACUCUUUACCUGCUGCUGCAAGCAAACACUUAUCUUAGUAAAGACUUGCACUGAAUCUCAGCAGAGGUGGGAAAGGUAGGUGCCAAACGAUGCAAUCGCCUUGGUGCUUCUUUUCUCAUCUUCUUCCCUCAGCUGCGGGGGAUGACACUGUGUUAAUGUUUCAGCAUGUUUGAUCGGAAAGCACUUUGCCCAUGCUCCAUGCUAAUGCAGCACCACUCACAACCCCACCGCACCUCACGACAGCUAAUAGUGGCUUAGAUAAUGUGCGCCUCUUCCUGAAUGCCUGAUGAGAGACGCUAAUUAGAUUUUUUUUUCUUUUGAGAUGUUGUUUGCCGUUUUAAAUGUAGCGCUGCGCGGUCCUCAAAGGAGCAGAUGCUCUGGCGGAUAUCUUACUUGCGACUGAUUUAUGGUUAUGCUUUGUGAGGUCGAUGCAUUAUUAAUUGUGUCGAUUUCCUCUGUCAUAAAAUACGUGCUUAAUCCAGUGCGUUACCCGUUCCAACGUUCACGCAGGGUCUUAUCACAGCAACGGCUAACGUCUGUCACCUCUUGUCUCAGUGCGCGAACAGGAGACUCAAACUAAACUGGUGCUAACUCAUCCAAUCAUCUCCCCUGUUUUCUAGCAGACGGUUUUCACGUGAAGCUUACAUUUUCUCAAGUUGUUGGAAUGAAAUGUAUUGUUAUUUUUAAGUUUGUCAUAUAUAAGAUGACUAAUGAAACCGUUUGAGUGAUGUGAAAGUAUAUCCAGAUAAUGACUUGUACAUAUAUCAGUUUGUAUAAGAUGUACAUAGCUCUAUUUUUCCAUUUGGUUUGAAUUGUGUGCGAAAAUGUUUAUUUUUUCAGGAUUGUGUUCUGUGACGUGGCCUGAAAUGUGUUGGAUCUGUUUUUGGUUGACUCGAGCUUUUCUUUGAACCACAGCAUAACAAGAAGCUUUACAUCGUUCUCUCUGUAGUAUCUCCCUCCCCGUGUUUAAAAAAAAAAAAAAAAAAAAAAAAAAAAAAAGUACACUCGCUGCUGUCACAGUACAGAUGUCCGGAGCAAAUUGCACUUUUCUGUUACUGAAGGUAUAAUCAUGUACAAGGCAUGGUCUUUGUAUUUGCAGAUGUUGACAUUUAUAUUAUGGUAAAUUAAAGAUUUUAAUUAAUGUCU